AGUGGAGCGGAAGAUGGCGGCGGCGGCGGCCGCUGCAGCCGGGACUUCAGUUGGGCUGAGGCGGAGGAGCCGCCGCUUCUGACCUCGCUCUGGCUCCGGUGCGCGCGGCUGAGCGCGUGCGAGGCCCCGCGCGUCGGGCAGGGGCGGCGGCGGCCACUGCGCGCCGCCCUGAGGAGCGCCCCAGCGGCGGCGCGACUGCGGCUGAGGAGAGAGCCGGCUCCGGGCCUCCGCGUCCUCCUGCUCCCCCGGCCCCCCGCCUCCUCGGGGGGGCGGCGGCGGCGAUGUUCUCGGUCCUCUCGUACGGGCGGCUGGUGGCCCGCGCCGUGCUCGGCGGCCUCUCGCAGACCGACCCCAGGGCCGGCGGCGGCGGCGGCGGCGACUACGGGCUGGUGACGGCCGGCUGCGGCUUCGGGAAGGACUUCCGUAAGGGCCUCCUCAAGAAGGGCGCGUGCUACGGGGACGACGCGUGCUUCGUGGCCCGGCACCGUUCCGCGGACGUGCUCGGGGUUGCAGAUGGUGUAGGAGGCUGGAGAGACUAUGGAGUUGAUCCAUCUCAAUUCUCAGGGACUUUAAUGCGGACGUGUGAACGUUUAGUAAAAGAAGGACGGUUCGUACCUAGUAAUCCCAUUGGAAUUCUCACCACAAGCUACUGUGAGUUGCUGCAAAAUAAAGUCCCUUUGCUCGGUAGCAGCACCGCCUGCAUUGUGGUGCUGGACAGAACCAGCCACCGCUUACACACAGCAAACCUGGGCGAUUCAGGCUUCCUGGUUGUCAGGGGUGGUGAAGUCGUGCACCGAUCAGAUGAGCAGCAGCAUUACUUCAACACUCCAUUCCAGCUCUCAAUCGCUCCCCCUGAAGCCGAGGGAGUCGUCUUGAGCGACAGUCCGGAUGCUGCUGAUAGCACGUCUUUCGAUGUCCAGCUAGGAGACAUUAUCCUGACGGCAACAGAUGGACUCUUUGACAACAUGCCUGAUUAUAUGAUCCUUCAGGAGCUAAAAAAGUUAAAGGUGGAAAGCCAGAUGACAUCACUGUCCUUCUUUCAAUAGUGGCUGAGUAUACAGACUAGCUGAGGUGUCAAGUCCUGCCUUUCCUUUCAUCAUCCCAAAUUUCCCCUGCCAUGUGUGCUGAUCCUGCUGGCAGGACCACAUUUCUUUGCCACUGAUCUCAAUGGCCAGUGAUGUAAGUCUUUUGCCUGUCUUCUUGAGACCCGUUGAGAUCUUUGUUGAGAACCACUACUAUCAUUCACUAGCUCAUAUCUGCCGGCAGCAAUUGAAGAGAUCCAAGAUUUGAAGAUUGGCCUUCAUUUCUCGAUGUUCUUUCCAUGAUGGGGAUGGAGGUGUUCAGUGCCACCGUGGCUGUUACUUUUCAAAGUAGUUGAAGUAUUGAAAAUGAGUAAUGUUGGUAAAGUGAAUUCAAAACCCUAGUAUGCUAAAGGGAUGGUACAAGUCUAACACAAAUUGUACGUAAUGAUACAUCUACUAGAAACAUACAUUAUUCAUCAAAAGAAAUGUUACAUGUGUACUCCACAGGCAUAGUCUUUGUUAUGAUGAUUGGUGUGGCUUUAUGUCUUUGUUAUAAACUCCUAUUUUUCAGGGGCUUAUGAUUCUGCUGUAAAACAUUGCUCUGGGUUAUACAGUUUUGAUCCCAAAAGCUUUUUUGUUACAAAUCGGGAGAAAAAUCCAUUUUAGUCUAUGGAUGGAAAUAUUUCAUGCUUUUAAAAAGAUGUUUGUGUUCCUGUGGUUAAAGUUUUGGCAGUUUAUUGAUUAGUCCAAAUCACAGGCUAAGGCCUGAUCUCCAGGAGGGGUAGGGGAGACACUUUACCAGUAUUUUUUUAUGGAAAUAAUACUCAAGGUUGUAAAACCCCUCAAAGCCUAGAAAUUUAAUUGUUAUGGCUGAAAUUCCUCCUAGUUGUCUGAUAGAAUGCCCCUGAAUGGGAACUCUAGGUCCCAAGGCCUGAAGGGUUGAGAACAGACAGCUGUAACUUUGAAUUUUGUUGGCUUUCAGUGGUCAUGCUACCUACCCAUACUUGUACUCUCAGACCUUUUAUUAGUAGCCUUGCUUUCUAUAGAGCAUGCACCAAAUCCAGUGAGUCCAUGUGGAGAGAGCACUGUGUGCAGCGGCAGCAGCACAGACGUCCAUGAGGAAAACUCCCAGUGAUGAUCUGACAUUUACAAUUACCCCACACGGAAAUUUAGGGGUUUCUGAAUCAAGCUUAAUGUUUACAGUUUCCAAAUAGCCAUUUUGCAGUAUAUAGUUUCCUUACAAAACUACCCCGCAUUCAGUUUUCCCAUUAUCUGCAAGCUGAAACUUAUUUUUAAGUUUUGUGUACAAGUUGACUGCUGUAAAGAUAUAUAUUUUUGGGUCAGUUUUUUUCCUUCAUUAACUUGGUGGUAGAAAAAAAUAUAUACUUAGAAAUCCUUAAAUUAAAGCCAUGUUUUAUAUAUAAGUCAGGUAACAUUGGUGUAUAGAUGAGAAUGCAAUUAAACCUGAUGAGAAUCUACUUGAGAAUAUAGAAAGUCUUUCUCUAAAGGAGAUACUGACUCCCUGGUUUAUUGCAUUAAAAUUUAUGUUUGAGGUUACCUCAACUUGUUUUAAAAGAUUUUGUUUUGUGAAUUUGUACUGUAUAUUUGAGUAACUGUCAGGCUUUUAUUUAAAAUUGUUUAACAUGUACCAUGUACAUGUCAUUACUAUAUUUCAAUGCAUCAUGCUUGUAACAGGCAUUUCAUUUAUAAUAAGAAUGAGUUAUUCAUUUGUAAGCCGUUCAGUAAUUUAUCUACUAUUCCUAAAUUGGCAUAAUGUUAGAUAAUCUAUUUUGAAUCACCUUUAAUUACAUGUCAGAAUGCCUUAACUACCCUAACUUGACAAAACAGAAUUCUUUGGUAGACGCGGUGGGGGCGGGGUGGGGGGUCUGGACGGAGUCUCUAUUUAAGGAGAAAUCAUCAUGCUAUGAUAAAACACAGAAGCAUGAGUGGCAAGUGGCGGGGUAUUUAUUUUGCACAAACUAUUUGCAGUCUCUGUGUAUUUAAAAAGUAAAGAAAGUUGCAUCCAGAAGGGUUUUGUUAGAAUGAAUACAUUUAUAUUAGGACUGACAACUUCAGCUCUUUUGUUUAGGUUUUCAAUUAUUUUUGGUAAGAGUAUGUAGCCUUAUGAUCUGGAUAUAUUUUGCAUUCAUUUUCCAACGCCUACAUUUAAUUCCUGGUAAGAGCAGUGCUCGUCAAGUUUCUGGUUUUUCUCUGCUCUCAUUUAACCAGUCAAACACAAUCUUUGUAAAGCUAGAUUGGUGGUGUUUUAUACAACUUAUUUACUCAGCUUACCUUUUUGAGAAACGAUUGUUAGAAAUUGAUGAUGUGUUUGUUCCAGUGAUACUGAAAGUAGUGGGGGCAAGAAUUGAGUUUCACAGUGGAAUUGGCUUUGGAUCUGGCCUAUAGAUUAGUGACAUAAAAUAUUUUCUCUAUUUUCCCCUGUUCUUUUUGUGUUAUGCACUUAAUUUUAUGACUGCCGGGGGGUCAGCUGGAGUGCUGCUUAACAAGUAUCUCUCCUACUCUCAGUGGUCAGAGGCUGUGUUGGACCCAUAGUAGAAUUUUCCAGGUCACAGACCCAAGCUUCCAUGGGUUGUUACUGUGCUGUACCACUUGGUGGGUCUGAUUCUGAACCUGAUGUGUGUGUUAAUUAUAUUUUAAGCAACACACACACACACACGCCUCAUGUAAUGGACUUUUAUAACAAAAGAAAAAAUUUGGAUUUCUAAUUUACAAAUGGCAAAUUAUUUAUCCCUCUCUGGAUGCACCAAAGACCAGUAAAGUUUAUAGCUUUUCCAUCUAUAUUUAUAAAGCAAUACUGUAUUAUAAAAAUCAAUAUUUUUAUCACAUGCUUGAAAUUUUUAUUUUGUUGUUUUAAAAUGUGCACUCUAAACAUAUCAGAACCUUAUUUCUUCCUAUGAACUUAAGCUGCCUGCGCACAAAAAAAAAAAAAAAUUUACCAAAUGGAGAUGCAGUAGAGUCCAUAGGCUCUAAAAACUAAAAGAAAUGGGAUGCAGGGGGAACAAGUUAUUUGUCCUGAGUUACUGUACUUGCUUGACAUGGUUGAUGGGUACUAAAUCACAAAAGAAUCCAUUCCAGGUAUGCAUGUCUGGGGGUUGGGCUGUGUCUAGAUUAGAAACUGGGUUUCAAGCUUUGCAUGAUGGGAGAGCGUCCUCUCCUCUAUCAGCUGCGUGUGUUCUGGAUAGGACAGUAGCCCGGAGAUGGAAACCACCUUCAGUACCAUUAGCCCACCAUACCAAGUAACAAGUUAGGCAGGAAUCGUGGGAAUUUAUUGAGUCAGCUUUGAGUGUUUGAGAGAAUGUAAACAAGAUUGGCUCGAAUUGUAAAUUGUACUUUGGAUGAGUUCAUGGUUCUUUAGGUCACCUUAAUACCAGCUAUCUUUGGUAGAAGCUACAGCAUUCAGUUUCUCUGGAAACUGUAUCACAUUUUUGCAUUUUAAAAAUUUUACAGUAUCAAAAAACCAAAAUCUGCUUAUGAAACAAAACAUGAAGCAGGACAUAUUUGGAUUCUAUUUAUUUAAAAUUAAAUUAUUUGCAAAAUUGAACUUCUCAACUAAAACGUGUCCAUGUCAGAAUUUUAACUGUUAGCAGGUAGUUUGUGGCAAAGAUGGCUAAAUAAUGAAGCAAAUUAGAAUCUGUGUGUAUACUAAUGAGCUGCUUUUUUUCUGUUGAGACUAUCAUUAUUUGUCUUAUUACCCAAGAGGCAAUUACCUGAAUUUGGAUGUCUGAAUUAUAACUUAUGCAGGAAUAGUUCUGUAAAUACAUUUAAAUAAACUGUAAAGAUAUUUAAUAAAUAUAGUAUUUAUACUAA